UCCUAUACAUGCUGUUCCUACACGGAAAGAUUUUAAUUCACCCGACUAGAUUGUUAUCAAAGGGCAAGCGAAAAGGGAGGUGCUCGUAACUUGACCAGGCUGCGGGACCGAGCGGAAGUUCCGGUUCACCCGCUACACGGAGAGCAUUCUGGGAGCCGGAAGGCGGAUCUCCUACGGUCUACCGCCGCGCCGGCAGACUCGCGUGGUACGAGAGCGCGUGGUUGGCGUGUUGCUGGAGCGCGGGACGCGUGCACGGAGAUUAGGAGUGGCCGAAAGCCUGUCCUCGGUGUAGAAUCUGAGACCGCGAGCUAUGGUGGGGAGAUCCCGGCGGCGCGGAGCGGCCAAGUGGGCAGCUGUGCGGGCCAAGGCAGAUCGCGGCCCAACGGACGAAAAGGAGGACGAUUUAGAAUUGCCGCCCUCACCAGGGGACUCCAGCUACUACCAAGAUAAGGUAGAUGAUUUCCAUGAGGCCCGUUCUCGAGCCGCCUUGGCUAAGGGCUGGAGCGAAGUAGAGAGUGGGGACGAGGAGGAGGAUGGCGAUGAGGAGGAGGAGGUGCUAGCCCUAGAUAUUGCUGAUGAGGACGAUGAGGAUGGAGAGAGUGGCGGGGCUGAGGAGGAUGAUGAUGGUGGGAGCUCCGUGCAGAGUGAGGCUGAGGCCUCUGUGGACCCCAGUUUGUCGUGGGGUCAAAGGAAAAAACUUUAUUAUGACACGGACUAUGGGUCCAAGUCCCGAGGCCGGCAGAGUCAACAAGAAGUAGAGGAGGUGGAAAGAGAGGAGGAGGAGGAGGCACAGCUCAUUCAGCGGCGGCUAGCCCAAGCCCUGCAAGAGGAUGACUUUGGGGUUACCUGGGUGGAGGCCUUUGCAAAACCUCAGGCGCCUCAGGUAGAUGAGUCUGAGACACGGGUUGUGAAGGACUUGGCAAAGGUUUCGGUGAAAGAGAAGCUAAAGAUGCUGAGGAAGGAAUCACCAGAGCUCUUGGAGCUGAUUGAAGACUUGAAAGUUAAGUUGACAGAGGUGAAAGAUGAACUGGAGCCAUUGUUGCAAUUGGUGGAGCAAGGGAUCAUUCCACCUGGAAAAGGAAGUCGAUACCUGAUGACCAAAUACAACCUCUAUUUGAACUACUGCUCCAACAUCAGUUUUUAUUUGAUCCUGAAAGCUAGGAGAGUCCCUGCACACGGACAUCCUGUUAUAGAAAGGCUUGUUACCUACCGAACUUUGAUCAACAAGCUGUCAGUUGUGGAUCAGAAACUGUCCUCUGAAAUUCGUCAUCUACUCACAUUUAAGGAUGAUACUGGAAAGACAAAACUAACUCCAAAAGCAAAAUCCACCAAGGCCAAACCAAUAUCUGUUUCAGAGGCUGCCGCUGCCGUUACAGAUCUUUCUGAUGAUUCCAAUUUUGAUGAAGCUGCACUGAAAUACUCUAAAGAAACAGAAGACAGGCAAAAGUUGAAGAGAAAGAAAGAAGAAAAUAGUACUGAAGAACAGGCCCUUGAAGAUAAAAAUGCAAAGAGAGCCAUUACCUAUCAGAUUGCUAAAAAUAGGGGACUUACACCUAGGAGAAAGAAGAUUGAUCGCAAUCCCAGAGUGAAACACCGGGAAAAGUUCAGAAGAGCCAAAAUUCGCAGAAGAGGCCAGGUUCGUGAAGUUCGCAGAGAGGAGCAACGUUAUAGUGGUGAAAUAUCUGGAAUUCGUGCAGGAGUUAAAAAGAGCAUUAAGCUUAAGUAAACUUUUUGCUUUAAGUUUUGUGUUUUUUGCAAGUUCUGGAUCAAUAAAUUUUCAUUUUAAGUAGUGAA